AUGUCUAUGGUUCGCAGUCGAGAGGAAUUCGUGUGUUCGUUGAGACAAAAGGAGGACAAUGAAGAUCGUGUCAUCGUUUCCGUGCUAUGCAAAUUCGGUCGACCUGUUAUACUGAAGGUGAACAAGGAAGAUCAAGAUGGAUCACGUAGUUACACAUCCAUUUCAACAGGACCGGAGCAAUUCAAACUCCCAUAUUUCCCUCUAAGUAGCUCUACCCGACUCGUUGAUUCCUUCAGCUUUUAUCGUCUGAAACCACAUCUUCCCUUUUGUAUUUCAGUUUCUGCUACUACUAGUCAGUCUGAACAUGCGUGA